AUGUUGAAUAACUUGUUCUUCGUUUCUCUCUUAGCACUCUGUGCUGUCGUCUUUGCUCAUCUACCUGUCCCAGGCAGACCAGUCACUACUCCAUUUGGCAAGAAAGGCAGUUGGGCAGCCGGUUACCAUACUGGCGACGAUUAUGCAUGUCCAGUUGGGACAAGUGUUCGUGCAACAGCCAGUGGCACAGUAAUCAAUGCCAACUGGGGUGCUGACUACGGUACUCAUAUUGUUGUUGAAUCUCCUGAUAGAAUUCGUCAACUUUACGCACAUUUGAGCAAGAAAACGGUUGGUGUCGGACAAAGAGUGUCAGCAGGACAAGAAAUUGGUAAAAGUGGAAACACAGGAAGAACGACUGGACCGCAUCUUCAUUAUGAAGAACGCGUUUCUCCAUAUGCUUAUAGAAACCACCGAAAACCACAAUUGAACAUAGCGCAUUAA